AGCAUCUUGAAGAAAUUUUCUUAUUCUUUGGCGAAGACCAUGCCUCGCAAAGCUAUGAAAGUCAUAGUUGAAUUGGAUAUUCAUACAGUAAGGAUUUAUUGUGAUUUUCAAAGUAAUUUCAGCGAGAUUUUUGUUCGUUGCUAACGACGCUAGACGAAUGCAAGAGAUCGCAAUGCUUCGAUCGAAUUCUGUGGUGACCUGAUUCAUAAUCUUUCUACUUUCUUUUAUCUUAUAGGUUACAUGUCCUGGUACUUUUUUACGGGACUAUGGUUAUGUUUAUCUCAAAGUUAACUGCAUGGGUUUAGAAGUAAACACAAAAUCUGUAGCUCCGACUUUUCCAUUGUUCUUUCACGAACGCUUACGUUUCGAAAGGGUAAGCUAUGUAAAACAGCUGAUAUUUUUAUCCGGGAGUUCUUUUUUGGUUUUCAUUAUCAACUAAGGUUUUCUUUCUUUAUUUUCAAGGUUUUUAAGAGCUGUCAAGAUCCUGCUUAUGUCACCGUUCAUCUAAAAGGUAGCUUUUAAAGUUGUGUCUUGUUGGUGUGUGUACUGUAAUUUGAUCGAAGCAUUCCGCCAUAUUUGUUAGUGUAGCGCCAUUCACAGAUAAAGAAUUCAGCUCACCGAAAACUACGUUUAUUUUCACAAAUAGGUGAAGAUGUGUUGGUAGAGUUAAGACAGCAUGAUGACUAUAUUUCAGGUAAGCAGACAAUUAUUUUUAAGCUUUCAGAUUCUGGCUCCAUUCAGUUUUGAUUUCACAUGCUUUAAGCUUAAUUCAAGCCAAGAAUUUCUCUCAGUUGUGACGGCAAAAAGAUGUGAAAAUAUGUUUACAUUAUUACUGUACCUAAAUUAUUCAAAAUGCUAUUCCUACUAAAGUAAAGUGUGUUACAGUUUUUCCUGAAAAACUGUUCUCAAGGCCAGUAUAUGCAGCACGAAGUAAGCUUAGAAAUUAUGGGAAAUUUUGGUCACGCGUUUCACGCGCUCUCAGUGUGUGCACGAAGAGCACAGUAAUUUAUCGUUUUUGGUCAUGGCCCUGCAGUUAAGAAGUUUUUAACCUUGCUAAAAGUAAUUUCAAUGCAAACUUUAAUUACUUAUUGUCUGAAUGAAAACCGCAAAACCUGUUUUAUUGUUUUGAAUGAGUUCACAGCAACCGGUGAAAAAUCAUAAAACGUCGAAAAUCACUCGAGCUCGAUGAAGAAUUUCUGUUUGCGUUGCACCUGAAGAUUUUUCUUUUAGAGUAACUGAAAAUUCCCUCCCCUUUUUGUCAGAUGUCGUUUGCAUGAGGAUAGUAAGUUGUAAUAUCAAUGAAAGUUAUUGUUUUGGUUCGGAUGAUUAAAAGUAUUAGUGUAAUAUAAAUAAUUUCUUUGUUCCUCCGGUUGACCAAACAUAUCUAUAUAUAUUCACUUCUGAAAUUUCGUAUUUUUAAAGAUUUAUUUGUCGAAGAUGAAAGGGAUUUUCAAGAAGCUUUUGACUUGUUGUUCCUUUUUCCUUGUUAAUUUUGCUAUGUCCCUUCCGUUUGUUUGAAACAAAUAAGCUUGAAUAAUGCUGCGAUCGAGUGAUCAAAAUGUGAUGAAGAGUUGAAACAACAGAUGUACUGUGCUGUACAGAAAGGUGUUUGAAUAAUUAGUUAGAUUACAUGUACUUAUACAGGUAUUGCGCAAUACUUAAUAAUGACAGUUUCUGAUAAAAUAAAUAAGAUAAUAUUAUACUAACCAAAAGACAGAGAUGGAUCACAGGAUAACAGUUAUUGUCACCUAACAUUCACAUUUAUAAACAUUCAAAUGAUUGCCUGUUUAGAGUUGAAGCUUUUGAGGCUAUCUUGGUGUGUACAGUGGGAAAUGUAUUUUAAAAUCAACUGAAAUCAUGUGACAUAUUCCAUUCCUUUAAAAAGAUAUCAAGAUAGCAUCAAAAGCUUGAGCAAAAUAAGCAUUUUUAAUAUAUUUUUAUGUUAAUUCUGUUAGUUGUAAAAAUUAUCCUUUCCUUGUGGGCUUGUCAAUGAGCGACGAAAAUCAUAACUAUUCUGUCAUUCCGAAUUAAUGUUUGCCUAUGAAACAAACUAAGAAUUUGUCAUUGAUACUACUGACUACUGAGAGCAUUUUCAGCACUAAGAAUUUAAACACAGUAGAAUUAAUGUACAUUGUUUAAAAGGUUGGAUAUUUUAAGAUUCAUUUCAUAUGUUGCAUGCGUGCAUACAGUUUACACAGACAUUAUUUUUUGUUUAGAUGGGUAUGUUAUAGGUCACUAUGCCAACAAUGCAAGAGUUUUCUUGUACCCAGCAGUUCCACCAUAUCCAGGCUCUGGUCGGGAGCUGACGCUGUUCAAAACAUCCCUUUUCAACCCAAUUAGGAUUACAGUAAGUAUAAAGCAAUUUUGAUGGGAAGUCUAAGACAGCAAAGCUUUAUAAAAGCCUCAAAGGGAAAGCCUCGAUCCCUAUUUCAUUGUAAGAUAUGAGGCAUACAUGAACAUCAACAAACAACAACUCUGCAUGUAUCUCACUCUUUUUUGUACAUUUCCUUGCCGUUGUUGCACAAAUACAAAGUGAAAAUUCCUAAUUUCAUGUUUCAAUUUUCUUUUUUGCACUUGUAUAUAGUCCUUUAGGAUUUAACUCCAGAAAAAUUUACCAACAUUUGACAAAUUAAAUGAGAUGGAACAACAUGGAUGCAACACUGCGAAAAUUCACUUUUUUAAUGAUGAUUUCAUUGCUGUUGCCAUCGAAGUUGCUUCAAGGUAUAACAUGUACAUUUAUUUAGCAGACAUGACAGGGACAGCAAUAAAAACAUCAAAUAUAUAUUAUAUUGUUAAUAGGUUUAAUUUUAAUCAAUUAGUAAAGCAGUAAUAAUUUGUAUGUUUGUCACACUUUAAAUAAUGUCUUUCAUCACUGUCAGCUGAAGUUUAUUUAAAAAUUCUUAAUGCAUUAUUUUAUGGGAAAUGUCAACAUACAACAGCCUUGAUAAUUUUUGUCUUUUUGAACUUGGACACACUGGAAAUGGUGGAAAAAUUAUUAUUUUGUUUGCAUGUGUAUAACAAAAAUUUUUAUUAGAAGUGAGAGUUUCAUUGCUCAAGUUCCCUAAAUUAAAUUCAUUUACAACCCUUGGGAUACCAGACUGUGGGGUUCUUCAUUGCAUGGGACAAAUAAGUCAAUAAAUUAUCCAAAGAAAACUAUAGCUUGGGAGGUGUAGCAAAAGGUCAGUUUUGAAUUAUUAAAACUCAUACUUGGCACUGACGCUGACAGGUAUUAAAAAAAGAGAAAAUGUAUGAUUCAGCGAUCAUAUUGACAAUUCAUUUCUGUUGUUUUAUUCCCCUCAAUCUCAGAGCCAAGUAUGAAUUUUAAUAAUCCAUAAAUGGCCUGUUUGAAGGGAGCUUUCAAUCAACAAAAUAUGAUAGUGUAACGUAAUGAUUAUUUUAGGUGUUCAUUUACCUGCAGCAACUUUUUUUGUUACUUCCACGAUAGGGUCAACCAUUGAGACUUGAGUUUUCUACUAAAACCACCAUCAAAGAAGUACCGGAUGCCAUUGACUAUGCAUCUUCGGUAAGACUGCCAUCUUACAGUAAAAGAUGGGCAAAUUCCUGUCCCUUAGUAACAGCCCCAGUCUCGCUAUUUGGGUUUAUUAAACUGUAGUAAGACCAACCAUUGUAGCUUUUUAUGUUCACUAUUAAUGGUUUCUGUUGGACAUUGUGAUUUUAUACUCGUCUUAUUACCUGCACUGUGUUGUUGUAUAUACAAACAAAAGGUUGCCUCAGAUUUUGCACAACCAUAAAGACUGGUCUCUAGUUUUCAAAUGAGUUUUAUAUGCAUAAUUGUUAGUAAUACACGUGGAGAAUUUAGUGCUUCUUUCUACAAUAUACCGUAAAAUUCCAAAAAUAAGCCCUGGGGAUUAUCAAAUUUUUUCAAAGUCCCUUUUUCAGGGGCUUAUUUUUGGAGGGGCCGCACAUGUAUGGAGGGAAAUUUGUGUUUCAAAAUCAGUUGGGCUAGCUUGUAGUGGGAAGGAAAUUUACCAUUUUUGCUUUGUUUUACUUUGUAUUCGAGGGCAUAUUCUAGGUACAAGCCCCCCGGGGGGCUUAUAUUCAGAGGGGUGAUUUAACAGAGGGUUUCUUUCGUUGCGAUUUUGGGGAGCUUAUAUUUGGAGAGGCUUAUACAUGAAGGAACUUAUAUCUGGAAUUUUACGGUAUUAUUAGUACCAUGCUAUGGUAAAAUUUCAAUUUAAAAUUAUACUGCCAGCUUAUAUUAAUUCUGUCCUUUUAUUGAGCACUAAACUUUGACUCAUACUACACCUCAAUUACUUUAAUCAAAAGCUCUUUGGCAGGGCCUCUUCAAGGUCCUCUCUCUUCUUUACAUGCAAGUAUUUUUAUAUACAAUCAUUGCAGUAAAGCACCGGUUCUUUACCUUUCUCUAGUUUACACUCAGUAUGAUAUAUUUUUGUAUAAAACAAGAUGGCUGCAUCUCUGUUCUGUCUCCUGCCUAAAAGGUGGCCACACUUAGUAUAGAGCAUUGAUGGUUAGGGAGCUGCACUGUCACCACACUGUCUUGAUUUGAAGGGCAUUGACCGGCGACACAUACUUUACAUAAAUUUUGUUUCCUUGAGUCCUCUAACAGCACUGCACUUCUCAUUCAAUAUAUUUUCUCUACAUCACUCUGCUGUUUAAGGCUAUGUUUAAGAGGAAUAUAUUUUAUGAAAUGAUUUGGCUUAAUAGAUUACCAUUGAAGACUGUAUUCAGUUGUAGGUAGCGCAGUUAGGAAACAUUUUCCGAGAGGAAGCUGUCCAAUCAAUUAUUUCACCAUGCAAACUAAUUGUAAGGGGAGAAAUUAAUUGACAAUUUCUAUAAACAUUUGGACCGAUAUCUUGGAGCUCUCAGCUUAUUAAAAGUUUAACCCACUAAAGCUGGCGCUAUUAAUUUCAGGACUCUGGUGUUGAUGAUGUCUUAACAAACAGUACAUUUAGUGCCAGUCGCCGGUCAAUCAGUCCCUCAGGUUCUAAACGCAUAACACGCUCUCCCUCCCCAUCACGCCACAAACUUACCAGCACGCCUAGACCUGAUGAUACACUUGUCAAUCAUGAGAAACCUUUUCUUGUGCACCACAAGGAAGAGAGAUUGUUGGAAAAUCGUGACUUUAGUUCUUUUACUCGUCCAAAGCCUCGACGAUCAAGGUCCAAGUCACCUACCAGGAGACCUCGAUCAACUUCCCCAUCCCGUCUUGGAAUGUCCAGUGUGCAGCCAUUACCAGGUUAGUGAUAAUUCCCACAUCUGUACUCCGUCAAUCUUAACUACAAUCAAUCUUGCACCACAGACAGAAAUUAACUUCUAGUUAAGUCCGUCUGCAAAACAGUGCUGAAAUCCUUAUUCUGGGCCCCUACCUGUGUACCAGGAUUUGAGAGUAUCCGCCAUGAUUGGCCUGUUAAAAGAGCAAUUAUCAAUUUACCAAUCAUGAUAAAGUCGAACAGAAAUACAACACUUCCAGCAAUUCAUUGAAUCCGUCAAGGGACUCAGAACAAGAAUAUCGGCAAUGCUUUGAAGAUGUUACUAACCAGGGUUAUCAGCGAUGCAGGCCAAUCCCAUAUGAAAAAGACAUAGUAACGUUCAUUGAAAAGUUUAAGUUAAACCCCCUAGGCACGGCUCAGGCAUGAUUAUUUUUAUGGUAAACACCUGCUAAAAUGUGUCAGAUUACACUGAGAUAAGCAAGAUAGUAUUAAAAUGACAACUAUCUGAAGUUGAAAUGACCUUAAUUUGAUCCUAGAUGAUGACUGAGUUGUCUGACUUUAUGUUAGUCUCACAUAGAAUUACCAUACAUUAGUUGAUAUGUCAUGGUUUAAUUUAUCCUUUCUUUCAAGCCUAUUAUAUAAUGGCCAAAAGCAAGGGAAAGUGAAUUUUUUUUCAACCAAGGAUCAAUUAUUGAAUCACAACAGGCCCCAACUGAUCAAAGGUGGAUAACACUUUCCACUGGAAAAAUCUCUAUCCAGUGGAUAAUGCUUUUGUUUUCCCAAAUACUUAUCGGCUGGAUGGUGACUUAACUAGUUAACAGCGCUAUCCAUCGCUUGAACGACUGUGGCUUGAUAUAUAAUUUUGACCUAAGCUGUUUUCUACCCUGCAGCCAGCUGCAGUCCUCAUUCUGCCUCUGAAUCAUCUGAUCAUACAAGUUUUCAAUUUGAUUUUUAGCUUGGAAGUACUCUGAAGACUUCCCAGCAAGCUCAUCCACUCGACGUAAAGUUCAUUCACGCUCAGCAACAGAACCCAUGAGUUUUUCCCAGUCAUAUCGACCAUCAAGUCCAUCUCGUACUCUGAGCUAUGCACUUGAUGAUCUAAACAUUUCAUCAAAUUCCUGGAAAAACUUUAGCGACCCAGUGCUGCGUUUCAAGAGCCGUUAUUCACCCAAUCUUAGGGCUGCGCUUGGUGCAUCUGAUCGCAUUCAACAACGAGUGGAAAGGGUGAUUGACAAGAAAAGCCCUAGAACUUUUGUAAGUGUAAAAAUCAAUAUAUUAACGUACUUUUGUAACAAAACUUUGAAAUGAUAGUUUCAUGUAGUGUGCUCCCAGAAGAUAUCUUACGAAUAUUCUGCCACUGUGGAAAAUCUAUGGACAUUUCAAAUCAUCAUAUAGCAUUUUUAUGAGGGAUCGAUAGGUUGUGUGGUUCAAAUCACUAAAACAUUCCAAGAUUUAGGCCAGUCUCCACAAUCGACUUAUGUGCAAUGGUCCGAAAUAGAGAGGAGUCUUUUCACAGUCUACCCAGUACUCAACCCUUAAAAUAUGCAGAAUAUUUUACACGUAACGUUUGUUUAUUGUGCUAUAAGAUACAUAAAAACACGUUUUGAAAUUGGAUUUCUUUCACGUUUUUCAGUCUGAAGACUCUGAUAAUGACAGCGUAGAUUCUUUGGAUGUCCUUAGGUGAGUCCAGUAAAUAUAAACAGGAACGAGUGAAAGAACGAGAUUCUCAAAAAAAUAUGACCGGGAUGCUGACCGCCGCCCGGUUAGCUCAAUGGGAUAAGCGCCGGUCUGCUGAGCGGGAGGCCGUAGGUUCAAACCCCGGCCGGACCAACACUCAGGGUCUUUAAAUAAAUGAGGAGAAAAUGCUGUAUUUGUAAUAAUAACAUCUGCAAACAGUUUGACUUUUAGUCUUCUUGGAUAGGGACGAUAAACCGUAGGCCCUGUCUCAAAAGCCCUUUGCACAUGUAAUAAAAAAUCUGUGGGACGUUAAAGAACCCACAGGGCACGUAGUGCCCGGUGUAGUGGUGUAUCUCACUUUUACACUCAUUUUUUGGGGCAUCAACUCCUUUAUUACUUAUAAACUGCACCUUAAGCAGUCUGGUAAAGUCCCCCAACCAGUGUUGUAAAUUAUCCCUGAAAAGCCCUGAGGGGAGUGGAUAAUAUGAUAUUUACACAUUUACAUACAUACACCGCGGAAAAGUUACUUUUAUUGAAGGAGGUUAUAAGCCCUGUCCCAUCUGUUAACAUCUGAUAACUAUAAACUUGUAUUGAAUAGAAUGACGACGGCUUCAACUCCAUGCCUACCUUAGUAGUACUGAGAAAAUCUCGUUCUCGUCUUAAAAUCCGAACGUCUCUGAUUCCCCUCGCCCUUAAGAAUGGCAGAUGUGUUUUCAAAGCCGGGCCCAUGAAAAUAACCGGAGGUUUGCGAGUCCUUUUUUCGCACCAAAAACUUCCUGCGUAGUGUUUUCUAGAGCUAGAAUGUCGAUAUGUGGAAUAUGCGCCGUGAUGUAAAUUUGGUAAUAAGCCUAUGUUUAACUUUGCUUUACAGAGAGUCUCUUCGAGAAGAAAGAAGAGCGCUUAGUGAUGCGAUCCGGGAGGCAGAUAGAGCGUAA